UGAAUCUAUAUAACCUUUCACUUUGUUUUUAAAUAUUGCACUUAGAUCACUAUAUGUUGUUACCUCUGUUCUGUGAUUUUAAUGAUGUCUUUGUAUCAUUAUAGGAGGAAGAAUUGGGGCGUCCUGUGUCAUAUGGAGAAGUGUUUAUGCAAACACACACAAGAGCAGAUGGUACUUUUGUAGAUGCUAAAGCCAAACAAGUAGCUGAGGUCUAUAAUAAGAGCAUAGAAGAGAGACUGUCUGAACUGGCUGAAGAUGGUGAAGACGCUUCAGAUGAUUCCUCUCAGCAGUCAACUCACCGGACUCUCACCAUUGAAGAAAAGAAUGAACUCUUUCUUAAGUGUACUGAAACAGAUGUGAAGGGGAACUAUUUUGGCAUUGGAUCUCUUAAGGUGACCCUUAAGAAAGGGAAAAGAAAAGAAAGCUAUGCUAGCAGCUCUUCUUCCUCCAUUACCGAGCUUCAUGAUCAACUUCGUCAAAAGAUGGCUGAGCACGACGCAGAGAAUGCUCGACGUGAUGCGGAGCAACAAGCAUCUCAAACUCGGAUUGCAAACUUGGAGAGGCUUGUUAUGUAUUGGAAAGAGAAUGAUCCUGCCUUUGCAGCUUUUGUUGCAUCUCAGCCACAACCAACUGCACCAGCCAACACACAAGCCGCCAAUGCAACAGCCACCAAUGCAACAGCCACCGCCAAUGCACCAGCCACCGCCAAUGCACCAGCCACAGGCGCCACUGCACCAACAUGA